AUGUUCCCGACAAAACACUUGACUGACGUGCAGCAAAAUGAAUUGAUGAGGGAUUUGGUUGCCAGACAGCUGAAGAAUCAGAAAUUAUACACUAACUUUUUUGUUAAUCCUAACAAACCUGCCCCAUACGUUACUGAUAAGCCGACGAGUUUCAUUGAAGAGCCAUUGAAAGAGGAAUGUAAAUUUUUAGCAGAUUUCUGCGUGAAUGACAAGCCGCCUGUAGAAAAAUAUAAGUACCCACAAACAACUAACAUGGAAUACGGCUGGGUCCAGAACGAAGACCUGCAGAGACGAGGAAAAGCAGGGAUGUGCUCACUUUCACAAUUUCCAUCUGUGGUCUCGGUGAGUAGUUUGGCGACGGCCUGCGAGAAAAAUGGACACUUAAUAUCGUGCAAGAGUAGCACUAACCAGCUAAAAGAAAGAAAGCGCCAAGAAAACAAAGAAAAACGCAGGCAGCGAAAGCAGCAGCAGCGAAAGCAGCAGGAGAGGGAAAAACCCAGCAGUAGCAAAAAACGAAAGCAGCCGCCCAAGAAGGACCCCGUGGGGGACACGGACGGUCUGACCUCGAAACAGAGGUCAAAGGUCGUCUCCAAGGCCAUUAUAUCUUCAAGCGAGGAUGAUUCGAGCGAUGAUGGUCAAGGCGGGAAAGCCAACGCUGGCGGUUCAGUUGUGGCUGCACAGGUCCUCAGCCAGCCCACCAUCCCUCCACCCCCAGCCUACAAAAGUCGACCGAAAUCAUCAGACAUCGGUUCGUCAUCGUCAUCAGUGUCAUCACUAUCAUCAUCGGAGGGCGAUGAUGAUGAUGAUGGUACGGGGGAUGACGUCACUGAGAAGAAGAAGAGGAAGAAGAAGCUGAAGAAAAAGAAGAAGACGGCCUCCCCUAAGAGAAGAAGAAUGUCUAAAAAGAUGAUGAAGAAGAAGAAUGAUGACGAUGACGAAGACGACGAUGAUGAUGGAAAGAAGGGGAAAACAAAUAGACGAAGGAAGAGAAAAAUGACGUCAUCGUCGUCUGAUAAUGACGACGGUGAUGAUGGCGGCGAUAAAGCUGAAGAAGAAGAUGAUGAAAGUGAUGAUAGUAGUAGUAAUACUAGAAGAAAAAGGAGGCGAAGGUCAAAGGUCGUCUCCAAGGCCAUUAUAUCUUCAAGCGAGGAUGAUUCGAGCGAUGAUGGUCAAGGCGGGAAAGCCAACGCUGGCGGUUCAGUUGUGGCUGCACAGGUCCUCAGCCAGCCCACCAUCCCUCCACCCCCAGCCUACAAAAGUCGACCGAAAUCAUCAGACAUCGGUUCGUCAUCGUCAUCAGUGUCAUCACUAUCAUCAUCGGAGGGCGAUGAUGAUGAUGAUGGUACGGGGGAUGACGUCACUGAGAAGAAGAAGAGGAAGAAGAAGCUGAAGAAAAAGAAGAAGACGGCCUCCCCUAAGAGAAGAAGAAUGUCUAAAAAGAUGAUGAAGAAGAAGAAUGAUGACGAUGACGAAGACGACGAUGAUGAUGGAAAGAAGGGGAAAACAAAUAGACGAAGGAAGAGAAAAAUGACGUCAUCGUCGUCUGAUAAUGACGACGGUGAUGAUGGCGGCGAUAAAGCUGAAGAAGAAGAUGAUGAAAACAAAAAAAAAUUCAGAAAAAGAAUUUUCAGACAUCUUAAUAUAUAUGCACCUCUAACGGUUGCUAAGGGGUCUCUAGGGCUGAGGUGCCUCCCACAAUGA